CCGCCAUUAACCACCAUGACAGGAAAAGCUCUUUCAACCAACGCAAUCCGCAUUGCUCGCGGUAGAGCAUCAGUAGUUUCGCGCCCGACACUCCUUCGCAGCUAUGCCAGCCAUGCAAGCCAACAGCCUGCACCUGCCCCGCCUUCUCAGCAGCAACGCAAGUCCAAUACCGUCUCGUCGUCAGCUCAACCAGACCCGUCUCUAGCCCCGCUUCGCAUCCUCCAUCCUCCUUCUCACCUGGCUUCUUACUUUUGGCCGACUCCACUGCGACGUCACUACCUCACGCUGCAGUCCCUCUUCCUAGAGCUGGCGCAUGUCCCCUCGACGGUAUCAGGCGAGAUCCUCGGACGCAUCAGGUAUGGAUGGUGGCGCGAUGCCAUCGGUGCAUGCUACCGUGGCGAAGGUAGGAGAUACAAGCAUCCAAUCAUCGUAGCGCUGGAGGAGCUGAUAUGGGAUCAAGAGGUCAGAAAGAGGGGAGGGGUAGUGCAAGACCACUUCGAGGCCAUAGUGGACGCAUGGGAGACUGCUCUGUCGUCGUCCCCAACGGCCCCAUCACUGCAGCAACUAGAGGCAGCAGCAGAGCGCAUCUACUCUCGGCAGCUCUACCUCCAGCUCAAUCUCGCAGGCGUCGACGACCGCGCAACAGACGAGAUCUUCUCCCACCUAGGCAAGGCGCAUGGCCUUGUCGAGGCAAUCGUGGACACGCCGAUGCGAAUGGGCGUCAAGCUGACGCCGAGCAAGGAUACAGGUGCAGACGGCAAUGUCGUGGGCAGAGUAGCAAAAAAUCGCAAACCGCCGAUGAGCGAGGUUGCUCGUGGUCUCAUCCUGCCUGCCGAGUAUCUUGAGAAGCACGGGGUGGUCGAGGAAGAAGUAAAACGACAAGGUGGAAUGGCGAAAGGCUUCAAGGACGCAGUCUUCGAAACAGCUACGCGGGCGAAUGACUACCUCAUCACUGCCAGAAGGGAUAUCAGGGAGAAUUUGCAGGGGGGAAAAGUAGGCAAUGAAGCAGGGCGAGCGGUGCUGGUGGGAGCGGCGACGAUACCGCAUCUACUGGAAAGGCUGGAGCGAUACGACUUUGAUCCUUUCGAGCCCAAAUUUAGGAUGGAGGCCAGAGGGCACGGCUGGAGGCUGCCAUUGAAAAUGUACAGAGUCGGGUGGACGGGCAAGCUCUAGCUUACUGCGAGCAAUGAAUCGCUAUCUAUGUUGAGAAGUGG